AUAUAAAGAAUUAUGUUGCAAUAGAUCCCCAGAACCGAAAAUAACCCCAGAUCUAAAGUUACUAGUUACAUUACGACUUUCGAUAACUAAACAUGUAUUCAGGUUAUGCAAAUCGUAGUUUGUGCGCUGUGUGUUUUCUACGACCGAUCCUCACGUCCUUAGAGAUAUUUGGAAUUAAAAUCAUGUAUUGUGAUUGUAAGAAGUCUGCCGAAAAGUCGAAAUAUCUGUCAAAAUUAUAUCCUUUGUACCAAACUGCUAUAGAGAUAUUUAUGUGGACUAACAUAAUACUUUCUGCUCAAGAGAUAACAGACAAUUUGCUUUUCAAUUUAGUUUGUUUAAAAGAAAGAAACUUUAUAUUCUUAAAAAUAAAAGUGGAUAUGAAGGAGAGGGAAAAAUAGCAGAUAAUAUUGAAAUCAUAUUUAUAGCUAAUGUUAUAAAUAUAUUUUUUUCAAUGAUCACAUUUAUUACGGUGCAGCUGCCGUUAUGCUAUCAAAGAGAUUCAAGUAUUUAUCUAAUGUAGUCGAUGAAUUGGCAAAAGAGGAUUGUUUCCUGAAGACUAAAAUCGAAACCUUGAUUCAAACUCAUUGGGAUUUAUGGACUUACUUACAAGAACUUAAUCUAGUUUAUGAAACAUACAUUCCAGUCGCAUAUUGUUUCGGUGUCUAUGAGACCAGUUUCUUAUUCUGCGUAGUGUUUUUCUUUGAUCUUGAUGAUUUAAUGCGUUCUGCAGUUGCUAUCACAUCGAUAAGUUUCGUUUUUGGAAUUACGUUUAUAAGUUUUCAACUAUCCCGAUUCACUUCUUUGCUGUACGGGAAGUUCAUCGAAAUCCAUAAAUUAUUUUCAGCCAAUAUACCGUUAGAAACUAAAAUGAAGAUGCUGAAUUUCAUGAAACGAUACGGGAAAACUCCAUUUGGAGUAAACGUGGGAGGAUUCUUUUAUGUUAAGAAGAACUUUUUCAUUCGAGCUCUGAGUGCCAUAUAUUCAUCGUUGUCUGUCUUUGUGGAACUUUUAGUAGCCAAAAAACCACCUUCGUGCGAUAUUAAGAUGAAAGAUUUAAUACAAUGAAGUUGUAUUGCAUCGUUGGACAAUCUUUGGAUAUAAGCAGACUUAUUACAGAACAAGACUGGUCAAGCCUAUCUGAUAGCACGCUUCACAAAAUCG